AUGGUCUCAAAGCGGCGUUCUAUAAAAUCUGGGACUGCUAGCCAGAAGCUAGAAAACACUCCCCCUUCAUCGGUCAUGCAAAAGGAACCUUUACAAUCUAUUGUGAACCCGUCAAAUUCAACGAUCCGGGAAUUGGAACUAUUAGAUUUAGAGUCGUCCCUGCUUUCGUCCUCUAAUUUGCCUGUCCUGACUAUAAAACCAGAAGACAUUUCUGGCGGUCUGAACGGAUCUUUAAAUCGAUUGCAAGUUUCUUCGACCCAGGGAGACUCAUGGAUCCAUCUUAUUCCACACUCUGGCGUCCUAAAAGAUCACCCAAAGAACGUAGUAUACAAUUACCUGUACAUACCACAUAAGAAAAGAAGAUCUAAGACUACCAACCCUCUUCAGCUAACAGACGUUGAGGUUACAUGCGACCGCAAUGAUCUAAAGACAGAAAUAGCACAGGAAGCAAAGAGGGAAGCGUCAGUCCUGCAGCAAAUCUCAAAAUUGGCAAAACAGGGCCUAUGGUCUGCUACGCGACUCCCAAAGGUGAUGGAACCUCGUCGCGGAAGAGUUCACUGGGAUUAUCUGUUGGAUGAGGCACGUUGGAUGGCGACGGAUUUUGCUGAAGAACGCAAGUGGAAAAAACAAACAGCUAAAAAGGCAUUCUUCCAUCUGCUGGUUUUAGUGUCUGUACCCCCAGCAUUUUACAGUGAACUGAGGUUGGCCUAUUCCGCCAGAGCCUUUUGUCUGAUGAAGCAGGAACUGCAACGUCGUGAUGAUGAGGCCUUAGAGUGCGAAAGAAGGAAGGGUGCUGCUGUGGUUGCCCGCAUAGUUCGCCAGUGGUGGGACGGUGUUUCUAACACCGUUGAGGCCUGGGUGCUCUUGGCAAAUCAGCGUCGCUGGAGGUCAACGUUAGUGCAGAACAAAAAUAAUAUCGCUGCGCUUACCGAUUUGGGGCCCACGUGGCUAGCGCGUGCGAUCAAUGAACCCCUUCCCGACUCCUUUGACUUGGAUCCCGCUCAGAAUGCUGCAAUUGGAUGUCUGAGCGAGCCUGAAGAUGCAGAUUGGAGGCCGCCCUCGGCCCUCAAACCGAUAGACCGAGAGGAAUCUUCCGACAUGGGAGAGAUCCGUGCCACCAGUAUAACCACCACCACAAACAGCAGCAGCAGCUGUAGCAGGGUUGCCAGUUUUGAGAGCCUUGUAGACGCAGGCGGCGAUGCAUUUAGCGAUUUUCACUGUCCGCAAACGCCUACUUCGCCCUUCAGUUGUGAGAAAUUCACCUGG